CAGUGACUGCAGAACACUCGGGAGAGAGGGAACAAUGAGUGUGCGGACCUAAAAUCGUGACUUUGAAGAAGGAUAUGGAACGUGGAGUAUCCCAUGGCUACGGCAAGUUCUCCCUCAACAACACAAAUCCUUCUGAACCAGCCAAGUUUUUGAUGGCAGAGGGCAGCAUGCAGCUAUCAGAACUCAAUCAGGUUAACAAAACGGCUAAUGGUUGCGAAGAGGAAUGCACGGUGAGAGAGCAAGACAGGUUCAUGCCUAUUGCCAACGUGAUACGGAUCAUGCGGAGGAUCUUACCUGUUCAUGCCAAAAUCUCAGACGACUCCAAGGAGACGAUCCAAGAGUGCGUCUCGGAGUACAUCAGCUUUGUAACAGGGGAGGCCAACGAGCGUUGCCAGCGGGAGCAGCGUAAGACCAUCACUGCAGAGGAUGUCUUGUGGGCAAUGAGCAAGCUCGGGUUUGAUGAUUAUGUUGAACCCCUUACAUUGUACCUCCACCGCUACAGAGAGUUGGAAGGUGACAGAGGAGUUAACUACAGUGCUGGAUCCGUUAGCAUGAUCAGCGGCUCAGGGUUCAAGAGGCCUAAUGGUACCGUGGCAGAGUACGGAGCCUACGGGGCUGUGUCAGGGAUUCACAUGGCGCCGUACCAUUAUCCUCAUCAGAAUGGGUUUCCUAACUCUAAAAUGGGUGGUUCAUCAUCGGCAUCAAGUGGGGCCAGUGUUGAAAUAUUUCCAAAUGCUCAGCAACAUAAGUACUGAGAACAAUGUACAGUGGAAGAGCAUAACUGUUAGUAGGCGCAAUUUCUAGUUUAUGAAUUCAAGUUUAUGCAAAAACAAUGAUGCUUUGUCUUUGUGUAUCUUCUCCUUGAAUGAACCUGGUAUUUUCAUUUGA